AUGUUAAUUAAAACUUGUAGAUUUGCUUUUAUAACAACAAGUAAUGAAAAACCGUUUCGUUUAGCUGUAAUAGGUAGCGGGCCUGCAGGAUUUUAUACAGCAUAUCAUAUGUUGAAAAAAUAUCCAAAUACCUUGUUAGACAUGUAUGAAGCUCUUCCGAUACCUUUCGGUUUAGUUCGUUAUGGAGUUGCUCCUGACCACCCAGAAGUCAAGAAGGUUCAACAUAAAUUUGAUGAAGUUGCGCAAGAUCCACGAUUUACAUUCAUUGGUAAUGUAAAAUAUGGUCAAGAACUUAAAAUAACGGACUUAAGUGAACAUUAUGAUGCAAUGGUUUUUUCAUAUGGAGCGAGUCAAGAUAAAACUCUUGGUAUCAAAAAUGAAGAUUCAUCUAUUAAAAAUAUUUUUUCGGCACGUAUAUUCGUUGGUUGGUAUAAUGGUUUACCACAAUAUCGAAAUUUAAAACCUGAUCUUUUAUAUACUGAUACAGCAAUUAUAAUUGGUCAUGGUAAUGUGGCAUUGGAUGUAGCAAGAAUAUUAUUAAUGGAUAUUGAUGAAUUAAGUAAAACGGAUAUUACCGAAUAUGCUCUAGAAAUUCUGAGGAAAAGUCGAAUUCGGAAUGUGAUACUUGUUUCAUUUACGUCCAAAGAAUUGCGUGAAAUGAUGAAUUUACCAAAUACGAGAUUUCAUACUGAUUUUGAAUUUUUGAAAACAGAACUGUCAACAUAUUCAGAAUAUAUUUCUAGGAACCGAGAAAAAUCGUGGACACUUAAAUUCUUAAGAAGUCCCAUUGAAUUUAUAAUGAAAGAAGAUCAAAAUGUUCAUUCAAUUAAAUUUAAUGUGAAUAAACUUGAAGGACCGAUAGGAAAACGAAUUGCAAUACCUACGGGAAUUAUAGAAGAGAUAGAAACGGGAUUGGUUAUUAAAAGUCUUGGAUAUAAAAGUGUUCCAUUGAAUGGAGUUCCAUUUGAUGAAAAAAGAGGAAUUGUACCUAAUAAGGGAGGGAAAAUAUUGGAUUUAGAAGGAAAUGAAGUACCUGGACUUUAUGUAUCAGGAUGGCUUAAAACUGGAGCACAUGGAGUAAUAGCGACAACAAUGAAUGAUGCAUUUGAAACUGCUGAAAUGAUCAUAUCAGAUAUUCAAUCCAAUAAACCCAUGAUUUCCCCAAAAAAUACGGAAAAUAAAGAAAAUACAGAAAAUAUGAAAUUAGGUUCAAAAGCAAUUUUACCUAUUCUUCAUAAUCGAGGAAUUCGUACAGUUUCUUAUCAAGACUGGAAGAAAAUAGAAGAAAAGGAAGUUGAAGUAGGAAAACAAAGACAUAAGCCAAGAGAGAAAUUUGGAACUCAAAAUCGGGAUACCAACGAAGUAGUUGCAUUAAAACGUAUAAGAUUAGAUAACGAAGAGGAAGGGGUUCCAUGCACUGCAAUACGCGAAAUAUCAUUAUUGAAAGAGUUGAAACAUGCAAAUAUAGUGAGACUUUAUGAUGUCUUACAUACAGAAAAGAAACUGACACUAGUAUUUGAAUAUUUGGAUUCAGAUUUAAAAAAAUUCUUAGAUACUUAUGGGGGAGAUUUGGAUGUUCUGACGAUUAAGCAAUUAAUGUAUCAACUAUUGAAAGGAAUCGCAUUUUGUCAUGAACAUCGGGUUUUACAUAGGAAAGGUGAAUUAAAAUUGGCCGAUUUUGGUCUUGCGCGUGCUUUUGGAAUUCCAGUACGAAGUUAUUCACAUGAGGUGGUAACGCUAUGGUAUCGUGCACCGGAUGUUCUUAUGGGAUCACGGCAAUAUUCUACAUCUAUCGAUGUAUGGUCAGCUGGAUGUAUAUUUGCAGAAAUGGCAUCCGGAAGACCUUUAUUUCCGGGUAGCUCAAUCAAGGAUCAACUAUUAAGAAUAUUUAAAGUUUUAGGAACUCCAACCGAAGAUACGUGGCCUCGAGUUUCACAGUUACCGGAAUACAAAAAAUUAAUAGAAUAUCAACCAGAAAAACGUAUUAAUGCCGAAGAUGCACUUAAACAUUUAUAUUUUGAAGAAAUUCGUAAAAAGGAAACAUCACAACAACAUCAUUCACCUUCUGUGUAA